AUGGAGGAGCUCCAAGCCCCGCCGCCAAGAGAAAGAAGAGGGAGUUUGUUCGAGGUCAAGUCCUCAAAACCCAAGAUAUGUGGUUCCAGUGUGAUGACCAUGGCUAUCCAGCCGGAGUCUAGCUAUGAAGACGUCAGCUUCAGGAGACCUCCCAUGAAAGUAGAGUAUGAGAACACGUACAAAAUGGCGCCGGACGUUCGAUUUCAGGUGGGUAAAGUGAAGACGAUCAUUGACGAGUCGCUGGCGACGUUGGAGAAGGAACAGUACGAGGUGUAUCACUGUCGGGAGCUGGCCAAACAUCUGUCUCAGGACAUCAAGGAUAAGGUGAAAGAAAUCGGCAUGCCGCGUCACAAGAUCAUCUCCUGGGUGACGAUUGGCCAGCGGUGUGACCAGAGCAUGCGUAUUGGCAGCAGAUGUCUGUGGGAUGAUGGCAACGAUAACUUCGCCUGGGGGGAAUUUAAAAACCCCUCGCUUCACGCAACAGCUAUAGUGUACGGUAUCUACCAAGACUAGACCCAACACUGAGAUAUGUAGACAAUAUAUGUUGAAAAAAUGCUAUAUAUACAUGACAACCAUAAAGAUAAAAUACCAUGACGUGGAAGCAUCACCAUUUGUUGUAUACAUGAUUCUGAUGUCGUAGAAUUGUCAAAAAGGCUGUGGCAGGA